AUGGGAGGCGUGGCCACCGUUCCCUCGCCUCUGCUGGGUUUUGUCGCCUUCCGCACCACACCCCUCGACUACGCCAAGCUUGCGCUAGGGUAUAAUCGUGGCGGGAGCCUGGGUACAGUAGCACGAGUUUUGGUCACAGUUCAGAAUACUAGAGGCAGCUCGUGUGCUCAGUCGACUUACGCCCAAAAAUACAGCUGUGUUCGUGUGCUAUCUGAGAAGUUUAGCAGAAGCAUUCAUUACUUCCCUGAGAUUGUUACAACAUCGAAACGUUUGGUAGAUGGUGCCAAAAUGCUCAACAUCCCUAUAUUUGUGACUGAGCAGUACCCUAAAGGGCUCGGUCAUACCGUGCCUGAGUUGAGGCUUCAGGAUGUAAAACAACACGAAAAAACUAGGGUAUGUGAAGGUUCAAGGACUCCGGAUGACUUCAACGAGCACUCAGAAGUGGUACUUUUGCUGAGCCGUUUCCUUGAAUAUCAUGCUGGGGUCACCGUUCUUCUGGACUAUCGCGAGGGUAGUAGUGACUUUCUACUACAACGAUACACCAAUGGCGGCAGCUGGCGAUGCGGCAUGCAGACGAUGUACACUAAUGGGGCACUGGCUACACCCAUCUGUGGAGGUACUGAUUACACCAACAAUCAGUUCAGCUCAGACACUCCAGACUCGCCAUAUAUAGCUCAAGAACUGUUUAUGCCGUCUCCGCAACAUCAGGCAGCUAAACCUCAGUCGAAAGAGACUUACUUCGCCCGUUGUGCUGAAUUGGAAAAAUUGAAAAAGGAAGAAAACGUUAAUCAAGAGGAGAUUGGCAAGCUAUCGACGUUUAGAUUUUGGUGUUUCUUUGUGCUUUCAAUGGAGGUGAAGAUGUUCAAAUCGAAAGAGAACUAUCGUGGCUUUGUUGAAAAAACGAGAUGGUCAGAAAAGUUUAUGAAGAGAAGAUGGAAAGAGCGUGCAAGUUCCAGGCACUCAGGUCUCACAUCGCAGCUCUACAACAGUUGCUGCUUUUGUAAGCAGCUCAUCAUCAAGAAACGGCCAUAG